AAAUCCUACAACUCGACAAAUGGAUACUACUGUUGCAUCCGCUAGCAUUGUGACUUUGGCUGCUGGUCUCGCUAUUGUAUCCUAUCUACAGAAUUACUAUGUUCGGAUACCAGGUCCUUACGCAUAUCCUAUUAUCGGAAGUGGAUUGGAGGUUGCCAAGUAUUCCAAAGAAGGAAACUACCAUUUAUUUCUUGCUUGGAUGAGAACCUUUGGUCCAAUUACAAGAAUCAAUAUUUUUAUGAAAAAUGUUGUGGUAACUACAGAUGCUGCUCUGAUCAAAAGAGCUACUACUUCCUCGACCGAGUUUUGGCGAGAUCCGGCAUUUUCCAAGAUUGCCCAUUCACUAUUGGAUAAUGGUCUGUUUACGCUUCCCACGGGUGAUGUCUGGAAACGACAUCGUAAAAAUCUGCAGCCAGCCUUUGCGCCGUCACAUUUGCGACAAGCUGCCAAAAUUACUCGGGAGCGUAUAGAGACUCUUGGUGAUUACUGGCAACAAGAGGCUGUCAAUAAUGGCGGAAGCAUAAUUGUUGACAUUUUCCACGAGUUUACUGCACUGACUUUGGAUAUCAUUGGAAGCGCUAUUUUCUCGUAUGAUUUCCAUGCAUCGGAUGAUUUACACAAAAAAAGAGACCAAGUCAGUCAAGGCAUGGUUGAGGAACUUGUACGACUUGUUCAAGAGAGAUUUUCUGUACCACCAUUGUUGUGGGCAUUCAACAAUCUUAGCUCUUACUCUUCAAGAGUCAAGAAAGUUAAUGGUUGCAUCCACGCAGUUAUCCAAGAUGUAAUUGACAAAAGAAAGGAACAGAUGAAGCUUGGAAAUAUCCCGAGUAAUGAUCAGAUGGAUGUUCUUGAUCGACUGUUGAAGGUUCACCAAGUAGCUGCCGAGAAUUUUACUAAUGAAGAGGUUGUCGGUGAAGUGAUUGGCUUUUUUGUUGCCGGCCAUGAAACUACGGCCAACACCUUGGUACUUACCGCUCUAGAGAUUUGCCGACACCCUGAAAUAGAGCAACGAUUGGCCAAGGAAGUUGCUCAAGUCGAGAAAUCGCAGGGAUGCCCAAUUAAUAUCGAGUCUGUUCCCUCUCUCAAGUAUUUAGACAUGGUUGUCAAGGAAAGCCAGCGAUUCCACCCAGUUGUGAGCAAUAUGGGACGCAAUACCCUGUGCACUAUUCAGCACAAUGGAUACACGAUUCCAGCCAAUACCACUCUAAUUUUGAAUACUGGCGGUGCUCAAAAGGAUCCAGCAUACUGGGACAAGCCAGAAAAGUUUGAUCCAGAGCGAUGGGCAGAUGGGUUUGUUCCCAUUCCAGGAUCUUAUGUUCCAUUUGGUGAUGGUCCUAUGGCAUGCAUUGGACAAAAGAUGGCUUUAAUUGAAAUCAAGAUUGUACUUUCACAUGUGCUGUCCAAGUUUGAUAUGGAGCUUAUUCCAGACCAAGACUUGACGCUCGUUACUAGUGUGACGACUGGACUAAAACAUGGACUGAAACUCAGGCUAACACCCAAAACAGUGCAAUAGUUUAUACCAUCCAGUUUUUGAUGAAAUCAAAAGUAAUAAAAUCUAGUUUUUCUCACUUG